GACUCAGCAGUUCUAUAAUUCCAAGACAAACCACAACAAUAGCAGUGCUUCAGACAGCCUUGGUACAGAAGAACAUGAUCUAGGCUGAAGCAUCAACUAAAUCAUUUUUUUUUGUUUCACUUCAAAAUCUCAAGCUAACCAUCAUGGAUUCAAGAGCUGCACAUAGCCCAGUGUUUCUAGUAUUUCCUCCAGACAUCACUACGCCCGAAUUUCAGUCCGGGCAUGUUACAGGCACGACCUAUGACUCUAGCAUGCCCUUUCCAAAAUUACUUGCUGCAAGAAUGAAAAUCUUAGGGCACUCCGCGACCUGGCAGAGAACCUCCUUCAGAACCCAACCAUGCCGGAAAUCUGACCUCAGACUUUGGGUCUUCAGAACUAUGAGAAACAAAUUUCUGCUGUUUGUAAGCCACUCAGUCUAUGGUACUUUGUUAAAGAAGCCUGAACUAAGACAGUGGGCUGUCCAGAUCCUGUUAGGAGUGAUGAACUUUUCUUUUGGAAUUGUUCUCCUUUUCACCUUGGAAGAUCCAUACCCAAGGUUUCCCUUUAUAUUUAUUUCAGGAUAUCCAUUCUGGAGCUCCAUUUUGUUUGUUAAUUCUGGAGCCUUUCUAGUUGCACUGGAAAGAAAAACCACAGAAACUCUGGUGGCGCUGAGCCGAGUAAUGAACCUGCUGAGCGCCGUGGCAGCGGCCGCGGGCAUCAGUCUCCUCGUCACUGGCUAUCUCAUAGAUCAAGACUUCUUCUGCGGCUAUGCUGGAGAAGCUAGUGAGUGCCAGGCGGUUACCACCCUCUUCAUCAUGCUAUGGGCCUCUGCAUUUCCACACGAAUUUAGGCUCAUCCAGUCAAUUUUUGGGAAAAGAAAAGCCAAUUGGAAUUUUUAUAGGGAAUUUUGGUUAUGUUGAUGGCCUUCAGCAUCAUUGAAUUUCUCAUUUCCCUGUCUUUCUCCAUUAUGAGGGGACCCACCAAGUGUGGUGACUGUGAGGAAUGGGACGAAAAAGAACU